CCGUCCUCUGAUUGGUCCGCCCCGGUGUCCGUCGGCGGCCCCCGUAGCCUAUCCAGAGCUGCGGGAGGCGGAGGGCGGGCAGCUUGAAGGAUUCCCGAGCUCGCCCGCCCAGCAGCCCCGGAAGUGCCCCGCUGUUCCUAACGCGGUUCCGAGCGGGGCCCGACUGGGCUCGGUUCUAGCUCUGGGCCGGACUGAGAAGACACAUGUGUGAAACAAAGCUGGGGUCGCCGGGGCCAGGCCAGUGACGAUAAGCAGGAACGGGACCACCUGCACCGGAACUGCAGUGCUACAUUGUAGACCUUGGCAGACGCUGCGGAAGGUCCGGCGGGGAAUGCGCCCGCGGGCGUGUGCCCAAGGGCCGGCCCUCGGACCUUUCGGACGUCCCUCUCCAGCCCGAAGCUGCCCAUGGAAAGGCUCCCCCGUGAUUGCACCGGCCCCACGCACGUGCCCCUGGGCUACCUGGUGGCCAGUGACAAGUGGCGCGGGUCGCAGCUGGCGCAGGCCCUGCAAGGGAAAACUACGUUGGUGUUUGAGGACGGCCUGUCCCCGGUGGACUUCUACGUGUCCAGCCGCUCCUGCAUCCUCUUCAUCUCCGAAGCGGAUUUGGUGGCAGGGAAUGGCUACAGGAAGAGGCUCGUAAAGGUUAGGAAUUCCAGUCAUCUCCAAGGGAUUGUCCUAGUGGAAAAGACUUACAUGAGUGAACAGUACUUCCCGGCCGUCCAGAAGUUCACGGUUCUAGACCUGGGCAUGGUGCUGCUCCCCGUGGCCAGCCAGAUGGAAGCUGCCUGCCUGAUUAGCGAGUUGGUUCUGGAGCACGCCAAGGAGCCCAGCAAGAACCCUCUGCUCAGGAAGAAAAGGGCUCAGACCUCGGAGGCCUCUCUGCUGAGGUCUGUGCAGCAGAUCCCAGGCGUGGGGAAAGUCAAAGCUCCCCUUCUGCUCCAGAAGUUUCCGAGCAUUCAACAGCUGAGCAGGGCCUCCCUCCGGGAGCUGGAGCCAGUGGUGGGGCCAGCAGCCGCGCAGCAGAUCCACAGCUUCUUCACCCGGCCCCGGUGACCGGGGUCUUCUCCCUGGGACCGCGAGGCCGCGCGUGCACACGAGCCAGCCUCCCUCCGGCAGCACCUCGGGGAAGGGGAGGUGGCACUUGGUCGUCCUGCCCUGCGCGCUGGGUUCAAGCAUCUCGGUUUCGGGGACCUUGCUGGGCGCUGCCCUUAUCCUGCCAGCUGGAGCGGCUGGUGGGCAUCUUCCCGAGAGAAUCGUGUCAUUCGGGACGCGCGGACUCAGCAGAAAGCAGACCCCCCCGCCCCAGGGUGACCCGGAUCAGUGCGGUGCGGCACGGACAGGGUUUACCGAGCCUCAGCGGGCGACGGAGUCCCCAGGACCAAUCGAUCGUGCAGCCUUGCUGUACCCUCAGGCCCUGGCUCCCCUGACCGCCGUUCUCCGGGGCGGCUCUCCCUGUACCUGUGCCACGCAGCUGCUGCCAGGGUAAAUAAACAUCGCGUCCCUCCCUCCCUCCCUCCCUCCCUCCUUCCUUCCUGGUCCCCUCCCUUCCUGGUAGCUGGUUUGUUUAUGAUCACUCGGUGAUUAUAGAAAUAUCUCUAAACACAGAAAGUCUGAAUCUAGGGUUCCUGUUUAAAGACUAAAAGGCAGUGUGGGCCCGGCUCCACGGACCAGAGGGUGCGCGGCAUGUGUCGGAGACCCUGAGUAUGAUCCCCCAACGCCACAGAGGCCCCCAGGCACCGCUGGGUAUGCCCCUGGCACUGCCAGUUCACGCGUCACCAGAAUUUGCCCCCAGAGCCCCCCAAAGUAAAUGAAAAGACAGUACAGGAGGGAGUUUGUGUAGUAAAUAACAUAUAGUCCAGGGUGGGAACGGAUUCAAGGGGUGGAUGAAAUACUCCAGUGGGACAGUAAACAGGGAGUGGACAUGGUACACUAGCAGGAUGGUACACAGGGAGUGGACACAGUACUCCAGAGGGAAGUACACAGGGAGUGGACACAGUACACCAGAGAGAUGAUACACAGGGAGUGGACACAGUACACCAGAAAGAUGGUAUACAGGGCAGUGGACACAGUACACCAGUGGGAUGGUACACAGGGAGAAGACACAGUACACCAGAGGGAAGUACACAGGGAAUGGACACAGUACAGCAGCGGGAUGGUACACAGGGAGUAGACACAGUACAGCAGUGGGAUGGUACACAGGGAGUAGACACAGUACACCAGAGGGAAGUACACAGGGAGUGGACACAGUACACCAGACGGAUGGUAUACAAGGAGUGGACACAGUACACCAGAGGGAUGGUACACAGGAAGUGGACAUAGUACACCAGAGGGAUGGUAUACAAGGAGUGGACACAGUACACCAGAGGGAUGGUACACAGGAAGUGGACAUAGUACACCAGAGGGAUGGUAUACAGGGAGUGGACACAGUACAACAAUGGGACAGUACACAAAAGGCAGACAUAGUACAGUAUGGGUAUACAAUGGAUAUACACUGGGGGAGUGGGUGGAACAUGGGAAUACAACUGCCCAUUCAAAACCCAAUUAGAGAGACGUGGAGGGUGAUGGGAGGGAACCUGGGGACACUGGUGCUGGGAAAUGUGCACUGGUGGAGGGACGGGUGUUGGAACACUGUAGGACUGAAAUCAAAAUCAUGAACAGCUUUGUAAGGGUCUGUCUCACAGUGAUUCGAUGUAAAAAAGUAGCAUUGUCGUAGCACUGUCAUCCUGUUCAUCGAUUUGCUCAAGCGGGCACCAGUAACGUCUCCAUUGUGAGACUUGUUACUGUUUUUGGCAUAUUGAAUAUGCCACGGGGAGCUUGCCAGGCUCUGCUGUGCAGGCAGGAUACUCUCUGUAGCUUGCCAGGCUCUCCGAGAGGGGGCGGAGAACUCGAACCCGGAUCCACCCUGUGCAAGACAAACACCCUACCCGCUGUGCUAAAGUUAAAAAAAAAAAAGCCUCAAUUAGAUGCUUAUGUUUCCAACGAACUGAGAUUACUGUAAAGUUCUUUUGAAUCCUGCUUUGUGAAGUAUAGUUUCUAAAAUGCAAACAAAAACAUUUUGUGCUUUAGCAUAGAAACUAUUGGAAAGAGGAGGAAGUAAUUAAAAGUGAAAUAAAGAAACGGUAACAGGCAAAUAAAGGUGUUUAUUUAAAUACUUACAUAAAAAUGGUCCUAGUAAUAGUGAUAUACUUUCCCUUUUAAUAUUGCACUGUGAAAAUUUAAGUUCCUGUUAAUUCUCAAAAUUAGAUUCCAAUGCAAUUCAAGGAUAUAUAACUUGUACUAUGUCAACAGUGACUCUUACUAGAAUCACAGUAUCAUCCAACUUACAGCAAGAGAAAUGGGUCAGUACAAAUGUUUUGAAGUCAAAUAGAGCUUAAAACUUGAAUCAUUUACAUCUGUCCCUUAUAAAAUGUAAAACUAGUUUUUAAACCAUCUUAAACACUCUUAAAGAAUAUAAUUAUGUAAUUCCUACUUUAAACAAAAUGAAAAUGAUUUGAGUAUCAAACAGUAUAUUAUCUACCUUGUAGAUAGUUUCUUUAUCUAACACUGACAACUGUGUUAGCAACCUUUAAAUGACAUGAAACUGGAAGAAGAAAAAAAAAAAGCUGCUCCUAAAUUUAAAGAUCUUUAGGUCUAAUAAGUCAUGAAGAAUUUGGCACUUGG